UGUCACUGGGAGCGGCUGGGGGCCAGCAGCAUCUGUGGCAUCUGCCUGGGGACUCUGGCCUGGCAUGGUUCGGGGGGCCAUGGGGAACUGUGCCAAGAGGCCUCGGCACCGAGGGCCUAAGGACGCCUGGCCGUGGCCCGGCUCCCCCCUGGGGGGCUCCCACCCCCGGCCCCACCCCCGCCCCCACCCCGAGGAGCAAGGGGGCGCCCAGGGCUACUCCGUGCUCGGCAGCCUGGUGGGGCCAGCCUGCAUCUUUCUUCGGCCCAGCAUCGCCGCCACCCAACUCGACCGGGAGCUGCGGCCUGAGGAGAUUGAAGAGCUGCAGGUCGCCUUCCAGGAGUUUGAUCGAGACCGGGAUGGCUACAUCGGCUGCCGGGAGCUGGGUGCCUGCAUGCGGACGCUGGGCUACAUGCCCACGGAGAUGGAGCUCAUCGAGAUCUCCCAGCAGAUCAGUGGCGGGAAGGUGGACUUCGAAGACUUUGUGGAGCUGAUGGGUCCCAAGCUGCUGGCAGAGACGGCAGACAUGAUUGGGGUGCGGGAGCUGCGGGACGCCUUCCGGGAGUUUGACACCAACGGGGAUGGACGCAUCAGCAUCGGGGAGCUCAGGGCAGCCCUCAAGGCCCUGCUGGGGGAGCGGCUCAGCCAGCGGGAGGUGGACGAGAUCCUCCAGGACAUGGACCUCAACGGAGACGGCCUGGUUGACUUUGAAGAAUUUGUGCGGAUGAUGUCUCGCUGAACCUGCAGAAGCUGGAAGCACUAGAUAGGACUUGAGGACCAUGGCGCCUCUGCCCAUUCCUUGAAGUCCAUCCUGUCCAGUCCUUCCCU